AUGGAUCAUCAACACCACCUAGACGAGGACUUUGUCUACGCCAGAUCAUACUCUUCGCGGCCGUCCUCUUUCUAUGGCCAGCUGCUAUCCUCGUCUACUCAAUCCUUUGCCUCAGUAACCGCUCAAGGCGCUGCUUCUGCUCUUCAAAGCGUGUCCGACGCUCAACUAAGUCCGUCGGAACCAGCGACACCCAGCGCAGAGAACCGCCGCGCUCUUUCACCGCUCCCCACAAACAAGCUCUAUGGUUUCAAGCCGACAACCACUGUUAUGACGUCGCCGCCGUAUUUAUCACAAUUCCCAGACAGUAUGCAUGACAAUAUGGUGGAAAGGACCUCGUUCACGACCCAGAGACCGCUCUCCAUUGGCUCUUUGAGCGAUAUUUCAUCGCCGGUAUCCCGUCGGCCCUCGACAGCCGGUAGAACCCACCGCCGCGCUCGUUCUCGUAUAGCUGCACCAAUCGGUGAGCUGGAUACCCACGAAAGCCUUCAGUACCAAAGCGGUAUGUCGCCCCCGACUCCUUUGGGCUCGCCUCGUGCCGACAAUAUUCACUAUUUUGGCUCUCAGCCUUCUUCUGCUGGCUCCGGACUCGGUAACAGCCUUUUAAGCGUAGCAUCGCCGCCAAUAGGACUGGGGAUAAACACCGUUCCCCCAACACCUCCGUCUGAACAAUUGGCUUCAUUACAAGACAUAUUUGUUGCGCUGGCGCACAAGGAACGUACCUACUUGGAAGCUCAGCAGGCUUUGGACGAUGCAUGGGACGAUCUCAAACAAUUCCGCAAGACGUUGAACGAUACGCUUGGUCCCGCAAAUGGUCCUCUUGUUCUCCUGGGCCACCCCCAAAUAAUUUCUCGCCGCUAUUUCCCCAACCUAGGUAUCAACUCCCUGUACCUCGAGGCUCAGUCCCUGUCUCCCUCAGAUUGCGACUUUGCUCGGCUCACUGGCGCUUGGGAACUCGAUGAGUCCAUCCAUUACGCGAACAGGGCUAGGAAGACGACACAGAAUGCAUCUUAUGCCCGCCGUUUUGUUUUAAUUAUCCUUGAUGUGCUGCACUGUAUUAUUACCACAACGCUGCCCAUUGUCCAGCCCGGCCAACGGGGCCCGGCCGCAGUGACCUGGCGUCCAAUUUACCCCUCCCCCACUCAAACAUUGCUUUAUGCAUUUAAAUCAUCUUGA